AAUUCUUUCUGUCGCUGGUUCCUUCACCUACAAUAUUCAUUCGAAAGGUUAAUUUCUUUACGGCGUUCUAAGAGUGCAGUGAAAUUCCUCUCGGUAGUAAAUGGGUAAGAUUUUUUAUAAUUUUGGAACCAAGUCGUAGCCUACCUACAAUCUCGUAUCAAUACCGGACAAAACGACAUGAAGACGACAAUGGCCGCGUUGAAUGUUACCCUGAUUGUUAUCGUGUGUGCAAUUUCAACCGGUGCACACGCUAUACAGAAUCCAUUCACUGACAAUUUUAUCAAUCAAAUUAAUUCACGACAGAACUCCUGGAAGGCUGGCAGAAAUUUCCCGUUGCACAUCUCAAUCAAAUUUAUCAAGAACCUAGCUGGGACUAUAAAAGACGCAUACUUACCAAAACUCCCACAGAUGAAACAUGGCGCUGAACUUAUUGGGAGUCUUCCUGAUAAUUUUGAUCCGAGAGAAAAGUGGCCGCACUGUCCCUCGCUAAACGAAAUCAGAGAUCAAGGAGCAUGUGCUAGUUGCUGGGCGUUUGGCGGUGUAGAAGCAAUGACCGAUAGAUACUGCAUUCAUUCAAAUGGCACAGAACAAUUCCAUUUCUCGGCUCAAGAUCUUAUUAACUGUUGUGAGACUUGUGGCCUAGGGUGCAUCAGGGGUGUGCACACGGCUGCAUGGCUAUACUGGAAGCAAGUCGGGCUUGUUUCAGGAGGGAACUACAAAACAAAUGAUGGUUGCAAAUCUUAUAAAAUACCACCAGGUCUUAAUGGAACGAGUAACGCACCUUACUUCAAGGAAACGGUUGAUGCAUCACAAUGUGUCACUACCUGCGAUUCUAACUUCAUCGACUAUCGUGAAAAUAAACGUCAUGGUAAGAACGCUUAUUCAAUAGGUUACAAUGAAGACCAAAUAAAAUUGGAAUUAUUUAAAAAUGGACCAGUUGAAAGUGUAAUGGCAGUCUAUACAGAUUUUCUGAGUUACAAAAAUGGGGUUUACAAUCAAACUCAAGGACAUUUACUUGGACAUCAUGCAGUUAAGAUUUUAGGUUGGGGUGUGGAAAACGGCCACAAAUAUUGGCUUGUUGCAAACUCUUGGAAUCAACAUUGGGGUGAUAAAGGGUUCUUUAAAAUUCUACGUGGUGUGAAUCACUGCGGUAUUGAAGAUUCUGUUGUAGCCGGAGAACCAAUUAUAGUUUAAAUAUAAUUUUUAAACAGUGUAUGAUGUAUUUCAAGAAUGAGAUCUUGAUGAUUAAACUGAAAUCAAACGUGUUUUAUAUUCUCAGCUUCCUUUUCCAAGGGUGUUUGUCAAAGGUUGCAAUAUUAUUUCCUUUGGAUUUAUGAACACUGCCUGCGUAUUCAUAAAUCUCUGGAUAUUGAUUAGAUCACUCGGAAUACAGUUCAACACAUUUAUUGACUUCAUGUGUCCGGCUAACAAUCUGCCAAAUGGUACCAAACGUCAACGCCUAUACUUUAUUUCGGAGCAAUUGGCAGCUCGAUAACGCAAGUGAAAAAAACAUUGUGAAGGGAAUAUUUUUACAAUGUAAUUUAGACUUCCAAGAAGUCUGGUUUCUAGGUUAGCAUCCCAGAAAUUGCCCCACAUGGACAACUUUUUAAUUAAGUACGAGAAAGUUGAUAUAUCUACCUUCAGCAUGAAUAAACAAGUACUAGUACCUACUUCACAAAAUUAAAGUGAAAAUAUCAACCCUCUGUAAGUAAUAAUAUUUAUUUGGUAUAAUGCUAGAAACAUAUCCAUGAUAUCAAAAAUGUAAUGUGCAAGAAAAUGUUGAGGAAAAUUGAAUUGAAUCUACGAACGAGCUCUCAAAUUUUAUUAUAACGCGGAGUGUGAUAUGAGUACUAUAAAACCUUUUCCCUGGUCAGCUGUAUAUGAAAUUCUACGAAUAUGCCUCUUAUAGAUUUUUUAUUUCCCUAAACCUUAUUUAAUAGCUAUUCAUAUUUAACUUUAGCUACGACGUCGACGUACCCACUUGCUAACAAAAACCUGAUUACUCAAAACAUAGGCUCACCUGAUUCAGUCACCUUUGAUCAGGUGACUGAAUCAGGUGAGCCUAUGUUUUUUGAGCGAUAUUCAAUAAACAACAUUUACUUAUUAUUCGCUUCGUGAGUCAUUAUUCCACCGCAUUUUCUAUUGUAAACAAUUACUCAAAUGUAGAUAAUGUAAAUUCGCUAUAUUAUGCCGGUCAUUGUCUUUUAAGUUAUUUCUAGUUUUAAUAAAGAAUUUUAAUUAAUCGGUA